UCAGUUCAGUUCAGUUUCAGACUUCUCAUGGUGCUAACCGAAUUGGCUGCGCGUUUUUUCACUCGUUGCACUCGUGUUUGACUUGCCGCUUUUUAAACAGAGCUGAGGCAAAACAGAAAACAGAAAGAAAAAAGAAAAACACUUUGUUGUCUCGUGUCGCGUCUACGUUGCGUAUGUGUAUUUCGCCUGUAUUUGUGCUGCUUCUAAAAAGAGUUGUCUGCUUUCAAUUACAGUAACGCCAAUUAAUCGUUGGCCACCGCCAUCGGACUCUGUUGCAAGUUCAAUAAACGCAACUCGCCUUAAUUAAUAAUAAACAACACAGCAGCAACAGCAACAGCAAAAGCAAACAGCAAACAAAAUGCAGUGCGGCCUGGAGCAAAUGAAUGAUUGUGAACGCUCACCAAAUCGAACAAAUCUGCGCGUCAAUUUCAAUGAGAAGGGCGCGGAGGUGAAGGAGCGCAGAGAGAAGUUCCUCACAGCCAAAUAUGGUUCACAUCAGAUGAGCUUGAUCAGGAAGCGACUGGCUGUCGAGAUGUGGCUAUACGAUGAGCUGCAGAAGCUCUUUGAUCCACCGAGCGAGGCCAUCGAUGUGGAUAUUGAUGAGAUUCUCGAUAUGGACACAGAUGACAUAAGAAGAUCUCAUCUUAUUAGAUUACUGUCAGUGUGCAAACGCCCGCAAUCGGACAUAUCGAAAUUUAUUAGUGAUCUUUUGGAUCGGGCAAAAACGCUGUAAAUCGCUUGAUUCACACACACACACACAAAAACACAACAAAAAUCAUUAAAGAUAAACAUAAACAAAUAUUUACAUACAUAUACUUACAUUAAAAAAAUAUGCAAGCGAAAUACAAUUAAUUUUAAGUUUAGCUGCUUUAAGAUCCACAUGAGAACAAAGAAUAAAAUUUAUAGAAUUUAUAAUUUUUUUUAUCAUUCAUAGUUAUGUUUUUCCAUUUCCUUUUUCCUAAUUUCAAAGUGUAGUCUUAAUUUAAUUAACACCGACAAAAACAAAAAAAUGCAUCGUUUAGCCAUAAGAAAAUUUAAAUCAUAACUUCAUCAAUUUUGUGAUGAUAUUUCAUAAUAAAAUGAAAAAACAGAAAAAUAUAUAUCUUUAUAAAUGGCCUGAAAAUGAAAUGAAACUGUUUAGCUAUAAAACAAAAGCGUGUGUAGUUAAAACAAAUGAUGAUAAGAAACAUGAAUAAACAAACAAAACACUCUGGUUGUUGCAUAGUACGUGUGCUUAAUUGUAUUUAUUUAAAUGAAAUCAUUAUCAAAUUACUUUUUAUAUAAGUUAUAAAACAAAACUCAUUACUUAUUCUCAUCAUUGUGCUUAAGUAUUGUAGCUGCACUCUAUCGAUGAUUUGAAUAAAAGAAAAACAAAUUACUUGUGUAAAACAUACAAUUUAAUGGAAAUGUUUGUGUAAAGUUUAUUGAUCACGAGAACAAAGAAGAAAGCUCAGGUUCACUGCCAAAACGUGGAGUAAGAAUGACGCGAAUGAAACCGUUUAUAACUUAAACAAAACUAAUACAAAACUGGAAUAAAAUGAUUGUGCAAGAAAGUAAAAAAAAAUACAUGUAAACCGGGCAAUAAAAAGAGUAUAUAAUUCAUA